AUGGCAACUCCACCGAAGAGAGCGCGAGCUGUUCCCGCCACUUUCUCCCGCAGAGGAAAAAAGAUUUCCAUCGAGGGAAACAUCGCUGCAGGUAAGUCUACGUUUGUGCGCCUCCUCCAGGCGGCGUCGGAGGACUGGGAGGUGAUUCCUGAACCGAUCGGGAAAUGGUGCAACAUCCAGAACGACAGCGAGGACGUCUACCAGGAGCUGAGUUCGUCUCAGAAGAGCGGAGGAAACCUGCUGCAGAUGCUCUACGAUAAACCCAGCCGCUGGUCCUACACCUUCCAGAGUUAUGCGUGUCUCAGCAGAGUUCGUUCUCAGCUUCAGGCUCCGUCAGUCAAACUUCAGCAGGCAGAGAAUCCGGUUCAGUUCUACGAACGCUCCGUCUACUCAGACAGGUACGUGUUUGCCUCCAACCUGUAUGAGAGCGGAGACCUGGUGGACACAGAGUGGAGCGUCUACCAGGACUGGCACACCUGGUUACUACGGCAGUUUGAGGAUGACCUCGCCCUCAACGCCAUCAUCUACCUGAGGGCACAGCCGCAGCGCUGCAUGCAGAGGCUGCUGCACCGCGGCCGGGAGGAGGAGCAGGGAAUCCCUCUGGAGUAUCUGGAGCAGCUUCACUUCAAACAUGAGUCCUGGCUGGUCCACCGGAACCUCAGGUUAGAUUUCGAGUACCUGAACGAUCUUCCCGUCCUGGUUUUGGACGUAGACGACGAUUUUAAGAGCGACGGCAUCAAGCAGGCGGAGAUCGUUGACAAGGUGCGAGAGUUCCUCACCACGCUGUAGAUCCAACCAAUCACAGCUCAGGAUGCCAGCAGCCGACUCUUCUGAUUGGACGACAGCAACGUCACACUUUAUACAUUUUAAAGUUUUUACUCAUUUUAGAUUUUAUUAGUUUUUAUAUCCACGUUACCUCUGAGUGUGUUACUGUGUGUGUGUUACAGUGUGUGUGUUACUGUG